AUGGAGAAUGAUUGUAGCAAGUUUGUCCAGAAAUGCCAUAAAUGUCAAAUCCACGGAGAUCUGAUGAAGGUUCCUCCAAUAGAACUAAAUGCUAUGACGUCACCUUGGCCAUUCGCCGCUUGGGGUAUGGAUGUCAUAGGACCAAUUGAGCCAGCCGCUUUAAACACACACCGUUUUAUUUUGAUCGCCAUAGACUACUUCACCAAGUGGGUGGAAGCAGCAUCUUAUUCAUCGGUGACAAAGAAAGUGGUCACAGACUUUGUGCGCAACAACAUCAUAUGCCGAUUUGGCAUCCCAAAAUCAAUCAUAACAGACAAUCAGGCUAACCUGAAUAGCCACUUCAUGAAAGACUUGCCUUAUGCAUUGCUGGGAUACGUCACUACUGCCAGGACUUCAACUGGAGCCACCCCAUACCUGUUGGUGUAUCAUGAAGCAGUAAUACCAGCCGAAGAAGAAAUCUCUUCACUUCGAAUAAUACAAGAAGCUGAGCUGGAUGAUACUGAAUGGAUCCGCAAAAGGUAUAAGCAACUGACUCUGAUAGAUGAAAAGAGGAUGAUUGCUAUUUGCCAUGGCCAGCUAUACCAACAAAGAAUGGUGCGAACUUUCAACAAGCAUGUAAGAACUAGGGUUUUUCAAGUUGGGCAAUUGGUGCUCAAACGAAUAUUCCCUAAUCAAGAAGAAUACAAAGGAAAGUUCGCACCAAACUGGCAAGGCCUUUAUAAGGUGCGAAAGGUACUAUCAGGAGGAGCUAUGGUACUUGCGAAAAUGGAUGGUCAAGAGUGGCCAAGGGAGAUAAAUUCAGAUGCCAUCAAGAGAUACUAUGUGUGA